GAAUUUUCAGAAAUUAUGCCGAAUGUAAACUAAAAAAUACUGUAGAGUGUGUUUUGUAGAUUUUAUACAAAUGCAAAAAAACUUGGUUUUUGGGCAAAACGGGGGUAGACAAGAAAUACAGGGGAUAUGGUGAUACAUAUUCUUUGGUUUUUGGGCCAAAUUUGGUUUUCGGAUCACAACCCAAGCCCAAACAUUUGUAUAUAAAACCUCAUUCGUUUCAUAUUCCCACUCAUUUUUUCACUUUCUAUUUCGCGAGUUCCGUUAUUCCUCUUGCUCCCUCUUUUGAUCUCGUUCUAACGAUUUCUAUUUUCUCAACUUUUCUGGUUUGUUUGGCAAUGGAUUCCAAAGAUAAGGUCAAUAUGCCUGAAUUGGAUGAUUGGUAUAAGGCAAUGUUAGAGCGUUAUAAGGAUCCAAAAAGUAUUGAGAUGAUCAAUAGCUUUGUGAAAGUGCUAAAGGAGAUUGCUGCUGAGUCCAACAAAAUGUAUUCCAAGGAUAAGGUCAAUGAGCCUGAAUUGGAUGAUUGGUAUAAAGCAUUUAUAGAGCGUUUUGAUGACCGCCGAAGUACUGAGAUGAUCAAUAGCUUUGUGAAAAUGCUAAAGGAGAUUGCUGCUGAGAUGGAAGAGGGGAAUGGUUCUAAAGCUAGUGAAGGGAAAUUUACCAAAUCUGCUGACAAAGAUGAUGAAUAUGCUACUGAUGAAACCGAAAAAGCUAUGGAAGCUAAAGCUCAGGUCCUUGAAGGAUGGGCUCGUUAUGGUGAGCCUACUUUUGGAGAGUUGUCUGCAGAUGGAUUUUGUUGUUUGAUGUAGGGAGCAAUGAGGGUUUUGAAUGAUUUGCCAUGAGAUUUGAUGCUGUUGAAAUACUGUAUGGCUAUUCCAUAGGUUAAAUACUGUAAAAAAAUAUAUCUGUUAAUUUUGCUGUGUGAUGCUGAUAAAAUAUUGUAUGGUUAAAUACUGUAAAAAAUAUAUAUGUUAAUUUUCACUCUAUGAUUACUGUUAAGAUAUAGAUAUAUUUCCAUAGGUUAAAUACUGUAAAAAAAUAUCUGUUAAAUUUCUGCGUCAGAUUUGGUAUAAGAUUUGAUGCUGUUAAAAUACUGUAUGGCUAUUCCUUAUUUCCUUAGCUUAAAUACUGUAAAAAAUAUAUCUGUUAAUUUUUAGAACAAAAUUAUGGCAAUGAAAAUCUUCGGCAGUAAAUUUUAGAACAAAUAAGCCAUACAGUAUUUCAACAGCAUUAAAUCUCAUGGCAAAUCAUUCAACAAAGAGGACAAUACGGAGUAAUGUUUCUUCAUAGGGAUUUUGAUAUAAUUCACACGACUUUUUGUUCCUUUUAUAUCAUAUUUUCAAUUUGAGUUUCA